AUGUGUCAUGCCUGGUAUCUAAAUCUAUCUCUAUAUCUAAAAAUCUAUCCCUCUAUAUCUAUCUAUCUCUAUCUAUCUAUCUCUAUAUCUAUCUCUAUGUCUAUCUAUAUUGUUGUCUUUAAACAUUUUUUUUUUUUUUUUUGCUUCUAUGAUACAUUCCGGAUUUUUAUAGAACAAUGCCGUGUUGAUGGCAUUUCACCUGAGGUAGAAGCAAGAUAUCGCCGAGAAGGUGCUCGUUUCAUUUUAGAUGCUGGGACAAAAAUGGGAUUAAGAUUUGAUACAUGUGGAACUGGCGUUGUCUACUUUCAUAGGUUCUAUAUGUUUCAUUCUUUUCGUGAAUUCCAUCGAUAUGUAACAGGAGCAUGCUGUUUAUUCCUUGCUGGGAAGGUUGAAGAAACCCCAAAGAAAUGUAAAGAUAUUAUUAAAAUUUGUCAGUCUCUUUUGACACCACAACAAUUUGCUGUGUUUGGAGAUGAUCCAAAGGAAGAGGUCAUGACUCUUGAAAGAAUUCUUUUGCAAACCAUCAAAUUUGACCUUCGCCUUGAGCAUCCUUACACUUUUCUUCUUAAAUUUGCCAAAAUAUUGAAAGGGGACAAACACAAGAUCCAAAAAAUGGUUCAAAUGGCUUGGACGUUUAUCAAUGACCAUUUGUGUACAACACUGUGUCUCCAGUGGGAAGCCGAGAUUAUAGCUGUGUCCCUUAUGUAUCUUGCUAGUCGUCUAUCCAAAUUUGACAUCCAAGAUUGGGAAGGAAAACCUCCUGGCAGUCGGAUGAAAUGGUGGGAAUGGUUUGUCGAGGGUAUUACCAUGGAAUUAAUGGAAGAUAUUUGCCAUCAAGUUCUUGAUUUAUAUUCAACAAGUCCUCAAAAACGUGAGGAAUCUCCUCCUAUGAUCACUCAACGUCAAUCUGGUACCAACAGUAGCAACUCUGCCGUGUCCAGUAAAUCACCACAGAUGACAGUCACAAAGAGAAACCGGACAACACCUUCAUCACCAAUAGAGCCACCAAUGAAACAAAACAGAAGUUCUUCCAGAAAUGAUGCUGCUUCUUCUUCAUCCUCAUCCUCUUCAAGUGAAUUAGCUGUCAAUGACUGCAGCAGCAAUAAUAAAAGAAGUUCUGUUACUAACACGCAGCAGCAGCAGCAGCCACCAUCAGCACCAUCCACAACAUCAAAAACACCACCUCCAUCUUCAUCUGCUUCUUCUGCAUUUUCUAAUCCUACUGGGCCAGUUACCUCACAGCCACCCCAACAACCACCACCACCACCCCAGCAACAACAGCCACAGCACACUCAGCAGCAGCAGCAAUCAUCACAACAGCAGCAAAUAUCUGCUCCCAAGAUUGGUCAACCAAUUGGUCCUAUCACUGGUCAAGGAAUUGUUAACCAGUGUUCAAAUAGUGACUCCCAAAAUCUCGACUAUCCAACAAACAAUGACACUUUUUCACAGUACAAUCCUUACAUGCCAUCUCAGAUGUAUUCCUCUUCAUUUAUGUCUCAUGAGGGGACACAAAACAUUCAAUCUCUUAUCAGCCAGAGUCGCCCAUCCCAAGUGACUGACCUGCAUACUACUGCACCUCCUCCACAAACUGGGCUUGUUAAUCCUCCAACACCCCAGUACCUUCCUCCUCCUCCUGGAACCAACUACCAACCUCCACCUCCCUUUCCUCCCCAGCCAACUGCUCCUGGAUAUCCCCCCACUUCAAGACCAUACCCACCCCCACCAAGCAACCUUCCACCCCAAGAUACUAAUAUAUAUCAAUAUCCACCACCUGGAACCUAUCCUCCCCAACCAGCUACUGGUGCUGCUCCUACUACCGGACCACCUCCACCACCACCAACACUUCCAGGGAGUUACCAAGCUCCUAACUACCCUCCACCACUGCAGUCUGGGUAUCAACCAAACUAUCCACCACCACCCCCAGCUCCAACCCCAACCUCCCAAGGAACUUAUAAGGUAGUGAACACAGGUACAACUACAACUCCUCUGUAUCAACAGCCAAUUCCCCAUUAUCCUCCCCCAACAGGAUACACUGCUCCUCCUCCACCAGCAACCACAAGCCCUAGUAGACCACCACCCGCUAGAAACACUCUAACCCCUCAACAAACAAAGGUAAACCCUAACCCCAAUCCAGGCUUACCCACAGUAAGAAUUACUGGUCGACAGAACAGAAGGUAG